AAAUAAUUUAAGUAUUAUUUAAAUAUAAAUAACGAACGAUACAGGAUCUCUACUUUAACUUGACUUACUCAUUCAGUUAGUUGUGAUCCUUUGGCGCGUAAAUACUACCACGUUUUCAGUGAUUGUUUUUAUUAUUAAACUCAUUGUACUUAAUAACAAUAAUUAUUUUCUUUAUAUUAAUUUUUUUGUUCAAUAUAAAACAAGUGAGAAGAGUGUUUUACAAACAAUAAUGGCGGAAGAACCACCAAAAAAAAAAUUGAAAUCAGUAGAUUUAAUAACCAAAAUAGAAAAUGAUAGAAAGAACGUAGCAGAUUCAGUGAUGGACUUUCAGUUUAAUAAAAAAAGGGUUAAAUUGUUAAAAAAGUCAAAUGAGAUAAAUGAUUGUAAAGGUAUUUUGUAUUGGAUGUGUCGCGAUGCUAGAGUUCAAGAUAAUUGGGCAUUUUUAUUUGCACAAAGAACUGCUAUAAAAAAUAAAGUACCACUUCACAUUUGUUUCUGUAUAUUACCCAAAUUUCUGAAUUCAACAAUGCGCCAUUAUAAAUUCUUAUUACAUGGUUUAAAAGAAAUAGAAAAAGAAUGUACAGAUUUGAAUAUUAAUUUUCAUCUGUUGGACGGUGAACCAAGUUCAGUAGUACCAAGUUUUGUUAAAAAGUAUCACAUGGGUGCAGUUAUUACAGAUUUUUUUCCAUUAAAAUUACCAAUGGGUUGGGUCAAUGAUGUGAUGGACAAACUACCAGAUGAUGUUCCUAUGUGUCAAGUAGAUGCACACAAUAUUGUACCAUGUUGGUUGGCUUCAGAUAAAUUAGAAUAUGCUGCAAGAACGAUACGUCCAAAAAUAACUUCUAAAUUGAAAGAAUAUUUAACCAGUUUUCCACCAGUUACCAAACAUGAAUAUUCUACAAAACAAUCAUUUCCAAAAAAUGACUGGGACAAUGCAUUAAAAAAUGUAAAAGUGGAUAAAACGGUUAAAGAGGUCACAUGGGCAAAACCUGGAUAUACCGGUGGUAUUUUACAAUUGGAUAGUUUUAUAAAAAAUCGUUUAAGGGAAUAUCAUUCAAAACGUAAUGAUCCAGUAACCGAUGCUGUUAGUCAUUUGUCACCUUGGUUUCAUUUUGGUAUGAUAUCAGUACAACGUUGUAUCUUAGAAGUAAUGGAAUAUAAAAAGACCAUGGAAAGGUCUACUGAAGUUUUUAUGGAAGAAGCUAUCAUUCGUCGUGAACUAAGUGACAAUUUUUGUUUUUAUAAUGAAAAUUAUGAUAGUAUGAAAGGUGCUUAUGAAUGGGCGAUAGAAACUUUGAAUAAACAUAGAAAUGAUAAACGUGAGUAUUUAUAUAAUUUGAAUGAAUUGGAAAAUUCAUUGACGCAUGAUGAUUUAUGGAAUGCAGCUCAAAAUCAAUUAGUACAGGAAGGAAAAAUGCAUGGAUUUUUACGAAUGUAUUGGGCUAAAAAAAUAUUAGAAUGGAGUCCAACUCCAGAAGAAGCUCUCGAAUGGGCACUUUUAUUAAAUGACAAAUACAGUUUAGAUGGAAAUGAUCCUAAUGGUUAUGUUGGUUGUAUGUGGUCAAUCUGUGGUAUUCAUGAUCAAGGUUUUACAGAACGUGAUAUAUUUGGAAAGAUAAGAUUUAUGAAUUAUAAUGGAUGUAAAAGAAAGUUUGAUGUUAAAGCGUUUGUAGCCAAAUGGUCGAAAAAGAAAAAGCAGAAAUUAUUCAAGUAAAUAUAAUGUAAAGUUAUUUAUUAAAAAU